UAUUGUUUUUAUUUUAUUUUUGUAACUGCAUAUUUCUAUGUGAUCUGACAGUUUUCCCAUAGAUGUUGCAAAACUGAUUCUUUCAUUUGUCCUAAAAAAGAUUCCUCUUUCUGUUGUACAAUAAUUUUAGUUAUAACUAUACUACAAAAGAUAAUAGACUGUCUACUUUCAAGACACUUAAGGGAUAUUUUGAGAAUUUUUCUCUAACAACACAUGAGCAUAUAUUAUCACUAUUGUUUAAUUUGUUCUCCUGUCUAUUUCAUAUGCAUUCUCCCAGUGGGUAAGUUAUUAGCUUUUAUGUAUUCAGAAUAAUGCAUAACCUAAAGUGGGAACCCAAAAAAUGUCUAUUCUAUGAAAAAAAUGAUUUCAUCUAUGAGUUGAAAGAGUUAACAUUUACUUUGAGGCCAAAUGCACAAACUAAUUCUCAUUCAGAAAACAGCCCACCUAUGAUAUUCAGGUCACAUACUUGUUUCCUUAAAUAUUAUUGCCAAAACCACAUUUUAUAUUCCAUUUUAUUACUGUGCAUCCAUCUUUCCUUAGCAUAAGAGAUGUUCCAUUAAAAAGCAGUAUAAAUUCAAUUUGUUUUUAUGCUCACCUUGAAAAAAGUAAAAACGAAUCAUUGAAUAAGUUUAAGUGUAUUGUGUGCAUUUAUGCUGUGUGCCCAAUAUAGCCUUAUGUUGGGCCUCAUUUAAUCAAUGAUUCCAGAGCAUCAACCAACGUUAUAAUUACUUGAAAAGUUAAUAUGUAAGGUAGAAACUUGGCAAAACAUUAGCGCAAGCACAAAAUUAAAAACUUUAAAAUUAUUUGGGUACAAUUAACUAAUGAUCAGAUCUUCUUUUCAGGUUCCUUUUCUUCAAACCAUCCCUUAAUUAGAGGAGAGGCAAGGAAGUUUCAUUGGCCCUCUUCUCACUCUGAACACAUAAUUUCUAGACCUUAUCAUCCAUAUGUGUACUUUAAGCUCCUCAAAGACCUGAUGUUUCUCCAAACCUACCUGUCUUCUAGAAGAUCAUAUUAUAUCUAUUAUUAAUCAAGUUACACUAUUCUGACAAGCAUCUUCUAUGCUUGACCCUCUUUGUCAGCACCUCAUACAUAUUCUAUUAACUCCUUUGUCCAUCUCAUCAGCUUUCCUCCUCCUCUUGUCCUCUCUCUUAAGUUCAAGGCCCCAUUGUUUCUCUCUCAGACGUCCCUAGUAAUCUCCUCUUCAUAGCUUGUCUCUGGUUUCACUGCCCUUAUAUUGCUCCAGAUGGACUCUUAAGAGUUAUGGAUCACAGUAUGUCUUACCUUACUUAAAACCCUUCUGUAUUUUCCCAUUUUCUUCAGGAUAUGUUUAAAUUCCAAAGCAUGGCACACAGACCCAAUCCUGAAUUUGCCUCUGCUUAUUCUCUAGUCUCAUUUUCCACAUCUUCAUAUUACAUACAUUCUUCACUUCAGGCAUGCCACUUUACUUGUAAUUCUCCAAAGUGGCAAACAAUUUCACAUCUUUGCAAAUACUUCCUAUCUACAGUGUCCUCAUCUUGACAGCUCUAAAUUAUUCUUCAAGAUAUAUGUCAAGCAUCCUGGAAGACUUCUCUUACUGUAUUAGUCUGUUUCCACACUGCUAUUAAAGACAAUACCUAAGACAGGGCAAUUUAUAAACAACAGAGGUUUACUUGACUCAGUUCCGCAUGGCUGGGGAGGCCUCAGGAAACUUACAGUCAUGGCAGAAAGCAAAGGAGAACCAGACACCUUCUUCAGAAGGCAGCAAGAGAGAGAGAGAGAGAGAUGGGGAAACUGCCACUUUUAAACCAUAAACGUCUCGUGAGAAUGCCCUCACUACCAUAGAACAGCGGGGGGAACCGCCCCCCAUGAUUUAAUCACCUCCCACCAAGUCCCUCCCUCCACAUGUGGGGAUUACAAUUAGAGAUGAGAUUUGGGUGGGGACAUAGAGUCAAACCAUAUCACUCACUAUCUUCUGAAUGAAGUGUUUCUUCUCUGUAUUGCCAUUAUCUUCCAGGUUAUUGGAACACUCAUCAGAUUGCAAUCCAAAUAUUGAUUAUUUUAAAUAAAUGUUUUUUUCAUUUGUCAUUCCUUAACUGAUAAACUUCUUACGGCCUAUAUCUUGUUUUCCUAAAUAUAUCCAGUAUAGCUUUAGCAUAUGUUAGUUUCUUAAUCAAUGUAUGUUUAAUGAUGCUUAAACAUUCUCUUUGUUGUCUUUUAGAUAUUUCUUUAAUUUAUGCCUCUUAAGUCAUCUUCAUCUUCAUGGAGAAAACACUGUAUAUCCUGCUCUAAAAAUUAUUAGAUGUUUUCCUGUGGGAUCCUCAAGGCUUGGAGUAAUAACCACCUUUAAUGGGAAAAGAAUAAGUGAUCACAUCAAGUAAUAUUAAUUAAUAAAAGGAACUGAAAAAUAUACCUAUUGUUGGCAAGAAAAGAGCAGUAAAGUUGCUAUAUUUAAAUCAUACAUUUAUGUCCCUAGAAAUUUUUAUUAGUUUAGUAAACCUCAUACAUUUAUUAUACUGUCUUAUUAUCAAGGCAAAUUGCAGUAGAAAAUGACACUAUUUGGAACUAGAAAACUGUUUUGAGUCCUUAUUCCAUUAGGUGCUAGUUCUGUACCCUAAGGAAAGGAUUCUUCAACUCUCAGGUUCCUUAUUUGAACAAUGGAACCUAAAAUAAAUGAGAUAAUGUAUGUAAAGAGCUUAGUGCAGUAUCUGGUUCAAAGGGCAAUCAAUAAUAAUAUUACCUGCCUCAGAAAGCUAUUACUUUGAUGAGGGUAUUAAACAAUUUCACAGAUCUUUGCAAAGUGCUAGAUAAGCAUCAGCUAUUAUGACAAGAUUGCUAUUUGUUUGCCUUGCCAAAAAUAAAACAUUGCCUUUAAACACAUAGGUGUUUGAGAUUUUCUAUUUCUUGGCAGUUUGUGAUCAUCCCACAGCCAUGCUCUUACUGAAGACCUUUUAUUACUAGGGGGCCUGUUAUGGAUUAGGCAGAAAAAUAGGUAAGACUCCUCAGGAGUAAACGCCUCCUUGUCUUUUACCCAUCUAGAGAGAAUGUCAGUAAAUGCAGAAGUCUCUCUUGUGUACCUAACUAUAUGAAAGUGGCCUGAAAAAGCUAAAACUGCUGUUUGACCAUGGUGGUAGAGGAGCUCAGAGCUGGUAGUUAAUUUGCCCUGUGUUAUUUAUUUCCACUGAACUUCAUCACCUCCCUGCCCACCUGGUCGCUGCACACUCCACCUGGUGUUGAAUGCAUUGUUUUGCCUAUUUCCCCCUCUGUCAGGACUUAGGACAUAAGAUACAGAAUUACUACAAGAAACUCCUAGGUGGUUCCAGCACUAGGACUGAGAAAUCUGCGCACAUAAGGCAGGCUUCAGCGCAGCUACAAGACGCCCACUUGAGGCCAGAACCAUCAGCGACUGAGUGUCAUGUGCCUUAGUCCACCGCGGGCUCCGCAAAAGGCUAACAGUGCUGGACACCGGGAGGGCGCUCAAAUCUUUGCUGAAUAAAUGUCCACACUACACAACCUGUUUUGAGUCAACUGCAUCCCAACCCAGAAAAUAAUCGAGAUAUGUUUGAGCUGAAUCAGUAUCAUUUUGCACAUAUAAAAUCUCUCUUGCCGUGAGUCUGCAGGACUAAAACAGUUUAAAAAGUAAGCCUCGUUGGUUUUCUUUUUUUUUUCAUUACUCCGACUUUUAUAAUUUGGGCUUCAGCAUGAGCAUCAAAACGGCAGCAGAGCAGAGUGAGACUUUUCAAAGUCUUGUCGCAAAGAUACUUCGUGGUGAAGGGCUCCAGUCCCGCUUUUCCGCGCUGGGGUUCAAUCCUAGGCAGCCGAUUCGGGUUGGGGAGAUGUCUCGGCCGCUACCCCUAACCUCUUGCUAGGGGACAGUCCCUCCCCUCUCCCCAUUCCACCUCCACCUGCUGGAGAAAAGAUCACAGGUGGUAGGUAGGGUGAGGGUAGUCGGAGCAGCCCCGGUGGACGCUUACACGGGCCAUCGCGCUGGGCCGCUCCCCGCCUUUGCAAACUGUGUGCUAGGGCUCCAGGCGGGCCCGGGCAGCAGCGGCGGCGCGCGCACGCGCACUCCGCGGCCCCGCGCGGCUCUUCAACAUUCAAUUCCACGUGUUGCUUGUUGUAGGCGCCACAGGUUCCCCACCUGCGUCCGGGCGCUCGGGCCGCUCCACCUCUGCCGGCGGGCUCUGGGGAACCGCUGGGUCGGCGCGCCCGGGGCUGGCGGAGCAAUUCCUGAGGCGCUCAAGCUCACCCCCAACGCUAACUCCGCCUAUUCAAUCCCGGCGGCUCCCCCUCUCCCCCCUCCCAAUCCUCCUCCCGGCUCCUGCCCGCCCCUUUCGCCCUGGUGGUAGGAAACACUCCUGAAUCUAACUCGACGUGUCCGGAAAGCCCUGGCCAGUUUUCCUUUCGUUCUGCGGCCGCUGCAGCCAGCCCCGCGGCUCCCUCAGACUCGCGGGCGCAGCCGCCGGGGGUGAGGCGCUUGGGGACAGCGGGCCGAGCGGCGGGGAUCCCCGAGCACCAUGCUGGACCCGUCUUCCAGCGAAGAGGAGUCGGACGAGGGGCUGGAAGAGGAAAGCCGCGAUGUGCUGGUGGCAGCCGGCAGCUCGCAGCGAGCUCCUCCGGCCCCGACUCGGGAAGGGCGGCGGGACGCGCCGGGGCGCGCGGGCGGCGGCGGCGCGGCCAGAUCCGUGAGCCCGAGCCCCUCUGUGCUCAGCGAGGGGCGAGACGAGCCCGAGCGGCAGCUGGACGAUGAGCAGGAGCGGAGGAUCCGCCUGCAGCUCUACGUCUUCGUCGUGAGGUGCAUCGCGUACCCCUUCAACGCCAAGCAGCCCACCGACAUGGCCCGGAGGCAGCAGAAGCUUAACAAACAACAGUUGCAGUUACUGAAAGAACGGUUCCAGGCCUUCCUCAAUGGGGAAACCCAAAUUGUAGCUGAUGAAGCAUUUUGCAACGCAGUUCGGAGUUAUUAUGAGGUUUUUCUAAAGAGUGACCGAGUGGCCAGAAUGGUUCAGAGUGGAGGGUGUUCUGCUAAUGACUUCAGAGAAGUAUUUAAGAAAAACAUAGAAAAACGUGUGCGGAGUUUGCCAGAAAUAGAUGGCUUGAGCAAAGAGACGGUGUUGAGCUCAUGGAUAGCCAAAUAUGAUGCCAUUUACAGAGGUGAAGAGGACUUGUGCAAACAGCCAAAUAGAAUGGCCCUAAGUGCAGUGUCUGAACUUAUUCUGAGCAAGGAACAACUCUAUGAAAUGUUUCAGCAGAUUCUGGGUAUUAAAAAACUAGAACACCAGCUCCUUUAUAAUGCAUGUCAGCUGGAUAAUGCAGAUGAACAAGCAGCCCAGAUCAGAAGGGAACUUGAUGGCCGGCUGCAAUUGGCAGAUAAAAUGGCAAAGGAAAGAAAAUUCCCCAAAUUUAUAGCAAAAGAUAUGGAGAAUAUGUAUAUAGAAGAGUUGCGGUCUUCAGUGAAUUUGCUAAUGGCCAAUUUGGAAAGUCUUCCAGUUUCGAAAGGUGGUCCGGAAUUUAAAUUACAAAAAUUAAAACGUUCACAGAACUCUGCAUUUUUGGACAUAGGAGAUGAGAAUGAGAUUCAGCUGUCAAAGUCCGACGUGGUACUGUCAUUCACCUUAGAGAUUGUCAUAAUGGAAGUGCAAGGCCUGAAGUCAGUUGCUCCCAAUCGAAUUGUUUACUGUACAAUGGAAGUGGAAGGAGAAAAACUGCAGACAGACCAGGCCGAAGCCUCAAGGCCACAAUGGGGGACUCAAGGAGAUUUCACCACCACCCAUCCUCGGCCUGUGGUCAAAGUGAAACUCUUCACAGAAAGCACUGGAGUUCUGGCCCUGGAAGAUAAAGAACUGGGAAGGGUGAUAUUAUACCCAACUUCUAAUAGCUCCAAAUCAGCUGAAUUACACCGAAUGGUAGUUCCAAAAAAUAGCCAGGAUUCUGACUUAAAAAUCAAACUGGCAGUGCGAAUGGAUAAACCAGCACAUAUGAAGCAUAGUGGAUAUCUGUAUGCCCUUGGACAGAAGGUUUGGAAAAGAUGGAAAAAACGUUACUUUGUUCUAGUUCAGGUUAGCCAAUAUACCUUUGCUAUGUGCAGUUAUAGAGAAAAGAAGUCUGAACCACAAGAAUUAAUGCAGCUUGAAGGCUAUACUGUGGAUUAUACCGAUCCCCACCCAGGCCUUCAGGGUGGUUGUAUGUUCUUUAAUGCUGUUAAAGAAGGAGAUACUGUAAUCUUUGCCAGUGAUGAUGAACAGGACAGAAUAUUAUGGGUUCAAGCCAUGUAUAGGGCCACAGGUCAAUCAUAUAAACCAGUUCCUGCAAUUCAAACCCAGAAACUGAAUCCUAAAGGAGGAACUCUCCAUGCUGAUGCUCAGCUUUAUGCAGAUCGUUUUCAGAAACAUGGUAUGGAUGAGUUUAUUUCUGCAAAUCCCUGCAAGCUUGAUCAUGCCUUCCUUUUUAGAAUACUCCAGAGGCAGACUUUGGAUCACAGACUGAAUGAUUCCUAUUCUUGCUUGGGAUGGUUUAGCCCUGGCCAAGUCUUUGUGUUAGAUGAGUACUGUGCCCGUUAUGGUGUGAGAGGCUGUCACAGACAUCUCUGCUACCUUGCAGAACUGAUGGAACAUUCAGAAAAUGGUGCUGUCAUUGACCCUACCCUGCUCCAUUACAGCUUUGCAUUCUGUGCCUCUCAUGUGCACGGCAACAGGCCUGAUGGAAUUGGGACUGUUUCAGUGGAAGAAAAAGAAAGAUUUGAGGAGAUAAAAGAGAGACUCUCUUCCCUUUUAGAAAAUCAGAUAAGCCAUUUCAGAUACUGUUUUCCCUUUGGACGACCUGAAGGUGCUCUAAAAGCUACACUUUCAUUACUUGAAAGGGUUUUAAUGAAAGAUAUUGCCACUCCCAUACCAGCAGAAGAGGUGAAGAAAGUGGUCAGAAAAUGUCUCGAGAAAGCUGCCUUGAUCAAUUACACUAGACUCACAGAAUAUGCCAAAAUAGAAGGCCCAGCAGAAAAGGAAACAGAGACCAUGAACCAGGCAUCUCCUGCUAGAAAGCUGGAAGAGAUUCUUCAUCUGGCAGAGCUCUGCAUAGAAGUCUUACAGCAGAAUGAAGAGCAUCAUGCAGAGGCAUUUGCCUGGUGGCCUGAUUUAUUGGCUGAACAUGCAGAGAAAUUUUGGGCUUUAUUUACAGUGGAUAUGGACACUGCACUAGAGGCUCAACCGCAAGACUCCUGGGAUAGUUUUCCUCUUUUCCAACUGCUUAAUAAUUUCCUCCGAAAUGACACACUUUUGUGUAAUGGAAAAUUUCACAAACACUUGCAAGAAAUCUUUGUACCCUUGGUUGUCCGCUAUGUGGAUCUCAUGGAGUCUUCCAUCGCCCAGUCAAUUCACAGAGGUUUUGAGCAGGAGACAUGGCAGCCUGUCAAGAAUAUCGCCAACAGUCUUCCCAAUGUAGCUCUUCCAAAAGUUCCAAGUCUGCCUCUUAAUCUUCCACAGAUUCCUAACAUUUCUACUGCUUCGUGGAUGCCUUCUUUAUAUGAGUCCACCAAUGGUUCAGCAACAUCAGAAGACCUUUUUUGGAAGCUUGAUGCACUGCAAAUGUUUGUCUUUGAUCUGCACUGGCCAGAACAGGAAUUUGCCCACCACUUAGAGCAAAGACUUAAACUAAUGGCCAGUGAUAUGCUAGAGGCCUGUGUCAAAAGAACAAGAACUGCAUUUGAACUCAAGCUACAAAAGGCAAGCAAAACAACUGACUUGCGCAUUCCAGCUUCCGUUUGCACUAUGUUUAAUGUAUUAGUCGACGCCAAAAAGCAAAGCACCAAACUCUGUGCCCUGGAUGGAGGACAAGAGUUUGGUAGUCAAUGGCAACAGUACCAUUCAAAAAUAGAUGAUCUGAUCGACAACAGUGUAAAAGAAAUCAUUUCACUGUUAGUUUCAAAGUUUGUUUCAGUGUUGGAAGGCGUGUUGUCUAAGCUGUCAAGGUAUGAUGAAGGCACUUUCUUUUCAUCCAUUCUGUCAUUCACUGUGAAAGCAGCUGCAAAAUAUGUUGAUGUUCCAAAACCAGGAAUGGAUCUGGCAGACACCUAUAUUAUGUUUGUUCGGCAAAACCAAGAUAUUCUUCGAGAAAAGGUCAAUGAGGAAAUGUAUAUAGAAAAGUUAUUUGAUCAAUGGUACAGCAGUUCCAUGAAAGUCAUUUGUGUGUGGUUGACUGAUAGAUUAGACCUCCAACUCCAUAUUUACCAGCUGAAGACGCUCAUCAAGAUUGUGAAGAAAACCUACAGGGACUUUCGAUUGCAGGGUGUGUUGGAAGGAACACUGAACAGUAAGACUUAUGAUACUGUGCACAGACGUUUAACAGUAGAGGAGGCCACAGCCUCUGUUUCAGAAGGAGGAGGACUUCAGGGCAUUACUAUGAAAGACAGUGACGAAGAAGAAGAAGGCUGAUAUCACACAGCUUUGCAGAAGGAAGGAAGACCUUGAUCGACAUUGUUUUUUAUUUUUUUAACCUUGUCCUUGUAAUUGCAUUCAUUGUUUGUUUUGGCCAAAUAAAAAUGCUUGUAUUUCUUUAAAAAGUAAGCCUGAAUGUAGAGUAAAAGGGGAAAUGCCAAGAUUUUGGGUUUUUUUUGUUUUCUUUUGUUUUUUGUUGUUUGUUUGUUUGUUUGUUUUUUUGGAGAAGAGCAUCCUCUUUUGUGUAGUUUGACCUAAAAAUGAACCUUGGCUCUGCUUGUGAUUAGAACAUGAACUUUUUUUUUAAAAGAAGAUUUGAGCAUUUUUCUGUAAUCACAUCAAAAUGAUGUUUUCUGUGUAAAGCGAGAUACAUAUUUCUCAUAAUGCAGCAUUGUGAGAAGUCAGUUCGGACCACUGCACCAACACUAUCGUAUCCUUGUUAAAAUGGUGUGUACCUUACAAAUUAUAAUUUAUGUGCCAGGUUUGUUUUGUACUUAAUUUGCUAUUAUUGUGAUAUGUAUAAAAUAUUUAAUCUUGGUUCUUAGUACUUUGAAUUGGUCUACAGGUAUAUUCCUGGGAUGAAAGGAUUGCCAAACCCAAAUAUAGACUAGAUUAUCCAAUGGGUUUGUGUCUUUGUUCCAUUCUCAACAUUUCUUCUUUCAACUAUAAGUAAUCCCCAGGUGUGGGGUAGCAAGUGUGCUUCCGUCAAGAUACCGUAUUCUCCUGCUCCAGUAUAACAGCUUGCAGGCAAUAAAAAUCUAUUUGCUCAUAACUACUUCUGUAUUUAUUAGACUUAUAUAGAGCAAAUGCAGUAAAAGAGGUUUGCAGUGUUUCAAACAUCCCAACUAUCUGACUCUGUGUUUUUGUUUCUUGAGUUGUUUGUUUGUUUUGUUUGUAAUAUUUUGUUUUUAAUCAAAUGAGUAAAAGAUAGUAACACUGACUGUUCUUUGUACCUAAUAGGCACAUACAUUGUUAAAAGAAUUACUAUGACAACGUAUUUCCAUAGCAGAGGAAAUAUAUAUUUCAUAUAUUAUUAGUUAAUAUUAGUAAUCAAUGUUAACUAAUAAUUAGUAAUAUUAGUAAUAUUACCUAGUAAUUCACAUUAGUAGUGGUUCUCUCAAAAUAUUUUCUUGCUAGGGUUUGAGAGAUAAUUGUAUUAUGUUGUGUAAGUUCUCUAUGAAUUAUUUUUGUAAUAUUUCCCAAAACAUAUUGGCAGAUUCUGCUACUGCAUUUAUUAAUAAGUAAUUUUUAAAUGAAGGCAGUUAAUGCAAAAUAAGUGGAGGUAUCCCUGAAUUUAUGAAAACGUUUGUUCUGAAACUUUAGAAAUGAAACAACUUGGACCUCCAGAUUCGUUCUCCCAUGGUGUAAUAAGUGGUCAUUAGGUACCUAGACUAGCCUUAAAAAUCUAUUUAAUCUACAGUUACUAUUUAUCAUUGUUUUGGCUCAUUUUCUGGGCCCUAGGGCUAAGAUAACAAACAAGGAAAUUUCUUCCUUCUUCCGGGAUUAAAGACUAACUCUGCCAACUCACUAUCUUUGAAAGGCAGUUUGGGAAUGUUCUCCCUCCUUUUCUUCUCUAUUCACACACCAAAUACUCUUUUCUCCAAACCCUCAAAUGUCCAGUCAUGCUAUCCCAAACUCUCCAAUGGCACCAUCCCUAAGCUUGCUGUUCCACGACACAUUGCUCUGUACUUAGUAAUUACCACCCUUCUUUUCCUUUCAAUAAAAUGUCCAUUUCCUUGAUACA